AUGGACGAACAAGACAACUCUCGAUCUGGCACUUCCAGUGAUGCUACUUCCUGGAACCAAGCCUCAACCUCCGACCUCAACCUCCCAAGAGACCCAAAGAUGGAACGCUCCAGCGCUUCUAACUUGAGGUCCGCAUUUCGAAAUACACUGAUAAAUGCCUCCAAUACUGUUCGAUCCGUAACCCCCGACCCCGUCGACCCUCCUACGCCUCCUACUGUUAGCGUGACGACGGAAUCUUUAUAUUCUCAAGAGGAUGUUUUAUCGCAGCAGACUUCUCCCCGGUCAAUACCCUCUGCCGGCCCUGCUCGCAGACAGGGCAUAGUUUUCAACGAAGUUUUCAGCGAGUCGUACGAAAGCAGUGAAUCUAGCCCGCCGAGGCAACACUUGCGGCAUACGAGCGGUAGCCUGAGGCCUCGGACGCGCACGAUGGAUACUUCUAUGCUAGCCCAAAGAAGCGUACCACCACCUACAUCAGAACGACAUCGUGUUGGCAGUGUGAGCUCAUCGGGGUCAUUACACCCGUCCGACGAUCUAAGACCGCAGCUUAGCUCAUUAGACUCGUUACAUCACUCGGUGAUAACAGGCCGAGAGUCGUUAGGUACACCUAAAGACAAGAAAGCUAGAAGGCUUAUGAAGCGACAAUCGUCUCGGCCUACCUCGCCUCUCAUCUCUCCACCACCUACCGUCGAUUCACUACCAUUACCCAUAGCUACCGAUGAUGCGAAUAAGGUUCUCCUGCUCAUGAGGACUCUGUGUGGUCGAAUGCGCGGCGAGAUCGAAUAUCAAGGCGAAACAGGCGGCCCCUGGCACAGUGGAGUGGCUUACAUCGAAGAAGAGAAGGGAUGUCUCAUGUUUGAUUCGGGUCAAAAUGGGCCCUUUCACAUCCCUCUCGUUUCCGAUCUACGCGGUUGCAGGGUCCUCCCUGUCGAUUAUCCCGAACUGACUAAAGAAUGUUUGGAGUUGGUUUGCCAGCAACCUCCAAUUGAAAUUUUGAUAUGUCCUCGGGUAAUGGAAGAAUUUGAUUUGUGGCUGGCGGCUUUACUAUGUUGGCAACAAUUACGUCCCACGGGUAUUAAGCUUUCUAAUGGUAAGCCGGCUAACCAGGUUAUGCCAAUGAGACCGGAGCUCAAGAGACAUGGCUGGUCGCAAGAGAAGAACAAGCCAACGAAUAUUAUCAAGGUUGGCAAAGUAAUGCUAUGGGACAAGGGUCUGGCUGUCUCACCGCGGGCGAUCGUCAAACGACCAUCUACGCGAGAUCUUCGCUCACCGACCACAUCGUGGAGACGGGUGUCUUGCAUACUCCAAGAUGGUGGAGAAUUUAAGCUCAUGACAGAAAACGAUGUCACCGUUUUGUCUAUUAUCGACUUGUCACAGCUCUCGCGCUGCGCAGUUCAACAACUUGACCGCACAGUACUGGACGAAGAAUACUGCAUCGCCAUAUUCCCUAUUUAUGCUUCAUCAUCUACUCACCUCUCCAUCUUCCGACCCGUUUACUUGGCGCUCGACAGCAGAGUUCAUUUCGAAGUUUGGCUAUGUCUCCUCCGAGCCUUUGCAGUACCGGACAUCUACCACCUUGACGACCCCUCAUCUUCCCAGAUUUUGGAAUUAGAUGACAUCGAAACUGAGCAAGAGGGCGAGGUCUUCCGACUUGAAAAGACCAUCAGUGUCCGAGUUACUGAGGCAAAGAUCAAGGCCAAGCCGAAUGGGGUUGGUGGAAUUGAACCGACGAUACACGAGAAGCCUGGACGACCGGAGCCUGAUCCUUUAAUCGGAAAUUACCUUGCCGAGGUUAUACUAGAUGGCGAAGUACGAGCGCGAACGACGACCAAGACAGGAACAAAGAACCCUUUCUGGAGAGAGGACUGCGAGUUCACCGAUCUGCCACCCAGUACACCUUUAUUGUCUGUUGUAUUAAAGAGAGUGGAAGGAAACCUGGAUAGUUCGAGCAACCUUCUCCAGGCCUCAGUUGGACUGCCAAGAACACGAAAUCUGCAAGAGUUUGUGGUCGGAGCCGUUGACCUAUCUCUUGAUCAGCUCGACCGUGGCAAAGACAGCGAACAAUGGCUUCAAGUAUUUGACGAGAAGCACCAGUCCGUUGGUCAAAUGCUGAUCAAGGUGAACCACGACGAGCAUGUUGUGCUUCUGUCGAAGGAGUAUGAGCCUCUCAAGGAUAUCCUACACCGGUUCCCAGCAGGAUUGACAAACUCGAUCUCAGCUGUUCUACCCGGACAAUUGCGUCGAUUAUCCGAGCUGUUUCUCAACAUUUUCCAGACAUCGGGUACUGCUAGCGAGUGGCUCAUGGGCUUGGUGGAAGAUGAGAUCGAUGGAAUUGGUAACCAGGCUUCCAUGAAGAAGUAUCGAUUCAGCAGUCGCCUCAAGUCCAAUGAUUCUGUCGAUGCAGCGACUGAUCGUGAGCUCAUUGUGAGAGACAUGAGCAAGUCCCUCGCUGGAGAAGCGAACUUGCUCUUCCGCGGCAAUUCACUAUUAACGCAGUCGUUCGAAUUCCAUAUGCGCCGCCUCGGCAAGGAGUACUUGGAGGAGAUUCUGCAAGAGAAGCUUUUCGAGAUUAACGAGAUCAAUCCAAACUGUGAAGUCGAUCCUAGCAAAAUCCCCCACGAAUCGGAUCUCGACCAACAUUGGACUGUGCUUAUUCACUACACGACGGAAGUGUGGAAGUGCAUUGCCAGCUCAGCCAACCGACUGCCUCCAGAGCUUCGACACAUUCUCAAGUACAUCCGAGCCGUUGCCGAAGAUCGCUACGGAGACUUCCUGCGUACUGUCACAUAUACAUCGGUGUCCGGAUUCCUGUUCCUUCGGUUCAUCUGCCCAGCCAUUCUAUCGCCAAAGCUGUUCAACCUCUUACGCGACCACCCCCGACCUCAUGCGCAACGAACGUUCACCCUCAUUGCGAAGGCACUGCAGAAGCUUGCGAACUUGUCCAACUUUGGGAAGCGAGAAGAGUGGAUGGAGCCCAUGAACCGCUUCUUGAACCUCCAAAGACAAUCUGUUCGUGACUAUAUCGAUCAAGUUUGCAGCAUUCCCGCGGAUCGAAACACCACCAACUUUGUUCCUGCUGGAUACAGCACACCUGUUACCAUUCUUGGUCGUUUGAGCCCGACUUCCAAGGAGGGCUUCCCUAGCCUGCCUUAUCUCAUUGACAGCACUCGAAACAUGGCGAGCCUUGUGAAGCUAUGGGUAGACGCCAAACCAGUCGACGACAAGAAAGAACAGGUGGAUCAAGAGCUUCUCGCCUUUAACGAUGUCUGCUUUGCCCUCCAAGAACGUGCCGACGCAUGUCUCGCCAAGGUCGAAACCGAACGUGCCAGUGAAACAGCAACAAACGUUACAACAGAAGACAUUACCGAAUCUCUCGAACAAGCAUCCCUGAUCGAAUCCCUCUCCAUAUCUUAUGGUGGCUCUUCAACGGCAUGGAACGACGUGUACGAACCUCCCCCACCCGGGAGUUCAGGCAGUGAAGUCAACGACGAAAAUGCAGCGCAGAACCAACGCCGUCGCAGCAAAGAACGUCGUCGUCACCAUCAUCACCACAAAGAAGGCUGGGAACAUCGCAAGCAGCGACACGCGAGCACGGGAGGGAGCGCGAGUGCGGGUAACACGCUCAAAUCUAAGAAUGGACGCGUGGGACGUACGAUCCUCAGCGGUAUCAUGCGCAUAGGCGGACGCGGAGAGAGCCCUGAAGAAAAGGAUUCUUCAAAGCGACACAAGUAA